AAGCAAAGUGAAGUAAGAAAAAUGAAUGGUGAUGAUGAUGAAAGUGAAAGGCCUUAUUUGGUUUGGAGUUGUGGGAGGAAUUGUGUCGGCCAUUGUUGUUGUUAUUAUUGGGCUUAGAGGAGGAACAUCGAAAGCUAUGCAGAGCUCCACGAUCUUCUUCUCUGGUGUUGCUCCUCUGCGUGUCAGAUCGGUACUCACUCCAGCAAAUCCAGCUACCGAUCGAGCUUCAAUGGCGAGUUCCUCUGGUCCUAAGUGGGCUCAGAAAACAAUCACGCUUCCACCGCAACGUCGUGGGUGUCAUCUUAUCACUCCUAAGAUAAUGAAGGAAAUAGGGCAAGACUUGUCGGGUUUCAAUUGUGGUCUUGCUCAUGUCUUCUUACAACACACAAGUGCUUCCCUGACAAUCAAUGAGAAUUAUGAUCCAGAUGUUCAGGCUGAUACUGAAACUUUCUUGAACAGGAUUGUUCCUGAGGGGAAUUCAGCACCUUGGAGGCAUACCAUGGAAGGUCCUGAUGACAUGCCAGCUCAUAUCAAAUCAUCAAUGUUUGGAUGUCAACUCACAAUCCCAAUAACAAAAGGCAAACUUAACAUGGGAACUUGGCAGGGAAUAUGGCUAUGUGAACACCGUGAUCAUCCAACCGCCCGCAGUGUUGUGGUCACUCUCAAUGGGAUUUAGAGAUGUCAUCUUCAUGUUAAAUGGCUUGUAAACUCGUGGUUUAUAUAGAUUUUACGGUCUUAUAAUAAAAUUUGACUUUCUAUAUGAGAUAUUGCUCCGUCCA